AUUCGCAUGCAAGCAGGCAACGGAAUGACGAAAACUCGCCAUGUUAUUGCAUUUGGGUGCUGAUUUGUGCCACUUAGCAUGUAAAAAAUGAGCCGGGCCGACGAAAGUCCAGAAACUAACUGGGUAGGUGCGCUCUGGCCAUACAUAUUAUUUGGUCAUAUUUACAUUUGAUACUAUAUGGGACCAUAGAAAUUCUACUAGUUAUCCUGGAUUUUCAAUAAACUGAGGUUCUACUGUAUUACUAUAGUAAUAUACUAGUGUGUGGCAUACGUGGUCUUUCUUUUCCACUUUAAAAUAAUUAGUUUUAACAAACGGUGAUUACAGAAGGUUUUGUCAUCUGAUGAAUAGCAUUAUGCUACGAGUACUGUAGAGCAAUAAAAACCCAUCUUUUGUUUGCAUAUUCCCUUUUUUACUGCUUAUUUUGAUAUCAGCAAUGGGGUACCGAUUUUUUUAAACUUAAGUCAUACAGGUCAAAAUUACAGCAGCUCUACAGGGGAAUAGAGAGAGCCCUCUUCUUGUAUAUUGAAACUGCCUGUCAUGCUGCAGGUUCAUCUCGGCCACGGCAUAACUCUGGCGGAGGCCACGAUGACCCACGCUCUCACCCAUGCGUCCACUCCUGGACGGUUCGUGAGAAUGGUCAGUCGAGGCCUCUGGGAGCCUGCAGCGCUGUUUGACCGGAGCGUCACCGGACAAGCCUGCAGGCGCCUUCUCAAAAAUGGGGCAGUGGGGAAGACGCCCCUCACCCCAGAAAAGAUUGAUGCCGUCAUUGCUGCGUUUGGCUGCUAUGCAGAAAAGCAGGCCAAAAUCAAGAAAGACAAGGAGGACGGCAAGAAAGACAAGGAGGACGGCAGCAACAAGCCAGGUCCCAAGAAAGGCAAAGAGCCGUCCGUCAGGGACGUGGUGAAAAAGCUCUUAGGUGACUAUUUGGUCGAUAAGAACAGGGAAGAGGAGAGGGCGAAGAAGAACACAAAGAACGACCACGAAUCUCCGUUAGCAGUUCCCCCACCCUAAACGCCAGUCGCUUCCGCUUUUCGUCCUUUUUUUUUUUUUUUUU